GCACUUGCCUGUAUAUGAAAGUGGGAUGUACUCUCAACCUAAUCACUUUCCUAGGUUCUGCCAUUGCCAGCCCUGAGACUUUUCUACUCCAGGCUUUUGUUCACAGACCCCAUUGCCCCAUCUCCCACCUCUCAACUUAUUCCACAAAAAGAAGCCUCAGCCUUGCCCUCGCUGCCUUGUCCUGCUCUAACUGUCCCCUAUUCCCCAUCCCAGCACAGUGUGGUUGUGUCAUAAAGAAGAGAAGUGGAGAGCCCAGGUGGGAAAGCGGAAUUGUGGGCAUCCAGGGGAAGUUGGACCAGUGGAGUUAUUGCAAAGCCUAUGUUUCUGUUCUGGUUGUGGUUUGAGAAAGGGGAACUCCAGAAGCCCUAGCAGUGUUGGUCUUCAUUCUAGAGAGGAAUGUAGGCACCUCUGGGAUGGGUGCCAGAGUGAGGCAGGGGAGAAGUUCUUCCUUUUAUAACAAGGUUGAUCACAGCUGAACCAGGCAGUUGCAUCUGAACUGUUCGUGCUCCCAUCUUCAUCCCUGGAGCCAGGGCCUGCCUAUAAGAGCUUUUGCUUCUGUCUUGCUAUGCUGGAAGGCAACCUUUGGGGAUGGAGUUAUUGGCUAAGGGUGCUCUCUGUGGACAACAGUGAGGAAGAAAAAAACCUGGGAGAUCCUGGUGAGCAAUGAGCAUGAGACACAGGCCGUGGUACGACUAAAGAGUGUGCAGGGCCUCUACCUGCUGUGUGAGUGUGAUGGCACUAUGUGUUAUGGCCGCCCAAGGACCAGCCACCAUGGGUGCUUUCUAUUGCGUUUCCACCGGAACAGCAAGUGGACCCUCCAGUGCCUAAUUUCUGGUCGUUAUCUGGAGUCCAAUGGCAAGGACGUGUUUUGCACUUCCCGGGUCCUCUCAGCUUACCACAUGUGGACCCCCCGACCAGCCCUCCAUGUCCACGUGAUCCUCUACAGCCCCAUCCACCGCUGCUAUGCCCGGGCUGACCCCACUAUGGGCCGCAUCUGGGUGGAUGCAGCAGUUCCCUGCCUGGAGGAGUGUGGCUUCCUGUUGCAUUUUCGAGAUGGAUGCUACCACCUGGAGACCUCUACACACCACUUUUUGUCCCAUGUAGACCGGCUGUUCUCCCAACCCUCAUCACAGACAGCUUUUCACAUGCAAGUGCGGCCUGGAGGGCUUGUGGCACUGUGUGAUGGAGAAGGAGGCAUGUUAUAUCCACAGGGCACGCAUCUGCUCUUGGGCCUGGGUUGCAACCCCGUGAGGGGUGAGGAGUGGUUCAUCCUACAGCACUGCCCAACCUGGGUGAGACUCAGGUCAAAGACUCGGCGGUUCAUUUCAGUCAUCUACGAUGAUGAGGUGCGUGCUGCUUCUGAGCGCUUAACCCCAAUGUCCUUGUUCCAGUUUGAAUGUGACAGUGAGAGCCCCACUGUGCAGCUUCUUUCAGCCAAUGGCUACUACCUAGCCCAGAGGCGCCACAGGGCAGUGAUGGCUGAUGGGCACCCCCUGGAGUCUGACACGUUCUUCCGAAUGCACUGGAACUGUGGCAGGAUCAUCCUGCAGUCCUGCAGGGGGCGCUUCCUGGGCAUUGCACCCAAUGGCCUGCUGAUGGCCAAUGCUACCCUUCCAGGCCCAAAUGAGGAAUUUGGGAUUUUAUUUGCCAAUCGCCCCUUCCUUGUAUUGCGAGGUCGUUAUGGCUAUGUGGGCUCCUCAUCAGGCCAUGACCUCAUACAGUGCAACCAGGAUCAGCCCGACCGCAUUCACCUACUACCCUGCCAACAGGGUAUCUACCACUUCCAGGGGGGGAUCCUUCUGGUCAAUAACAUCCUUUGGUACCUUUCGCCCUUGGGGCAAGUUUGCCCUCAACUUCUGUAUCGAGCUUCAGGGGAGCAACUUACUCACCGUACUGGCCCCCAAUGGCUUCUACAUGCGAGCCGACCAAAGCGGCACCCUGUUGGCAGACAGCGAAGACAUUACCAAAGAGUGUAUCUGGGAAUUUUAGGUCAAUGGGAUGUCACCUACCAAAAUCCAAAUCCUCCAAGAAAAACUACUACACUAAAUGGAACAGGAACCCCAGAGUCAAGAUCCAAGAGAAGAAUAUCUGUUACAACUCUUCCUACCCAGUUUAGCAAAACACCUGUUUUAUGCAACAAUACAUCACAACAGGCCACCCCCAAGAUCCUUGUGUGCAUCUGACUCAGUAUAGAGUAGGGGUCUGGAUGAGGGUUGAAACAGAGGCCCCAGGCUGCUCUAAGUUCUAUCCAGGAGAGACCAAAUGGCAAGCAGUUCUUCCACUGAUCCUCCCUGUCCCUGUCCAGAACUGCUAGACUUUUUCCAGUGAACCCGUGAGCAGCCAGCAUUGCCCUGAAGGGUUUAGAAUCCAGUUAUGACUUUAAAUAUCUUUUUGGUUUAUAAAAAAGGAAAGAUUGUUAAUCCUGUGGGCACAGGAUAAUGGUAAUAACACCUUAUGCCUGUAUAGGCCGCUUUACCUCCUCCUACCACGAUUUAUCCAACUUAGCCCACCCAU